AUGGAGGGUAACAAUCCAAUAUCUCCGGCCGACGGCGGCGUGGACGUGACCGGGGGGAGCAAGGAGCAGCAGGCGGCGGGAGUGGGGAUUCUCCUUCAGAUAAUGAUGUUGGUUUUGUCAUUCGUGUUAGGUCACGUCCUUCGUCGCAAGAGGAUUUAUAUUCUUCCCGAAGCCAGCGCUUCUCUUCUCAUUGGCUUGCUCGUUGGUGGACUCGCUAACAUUUCUCACACUCAAACUAGUAUCAGGUCGUGUCUGGCUUCAGCCUCUCGCCUUUAUCUUGGUGGACUGAUGUACCUCAUGUACAGAUUACCUUUUGUUGAGUGUCUAAUGUUUGGUGCACUGAUAUCCGCAACUGAUCCUGUUACUGUUUUGUCCAUAUUUCAGGAGCUUGGCACAGAUGUCAAUCUAUAUGCCUUGGUUUUUGGAGAAUCUGUUUUGAAUGAUGCAAUGGCUAUUUCAUUGUACAGGUACAUGCUUGCUGAAGGUCUUGGGCUGUCUGGUAUUGUAUCAAUAUUGUUCACAGGAAUGGUCAUGAAGCAUUACACAUUUUCAAAUUUGUCACGUAGUUCUCAAAGAUUCGUCUCUGCUUUUUUUGAGUUGAUAUCAUCACUAGCAGAGACAUUUGUAUUUAUCUACAUGGGUUUUGAUAUUGCUAUGGAGAAACAUAGCUGGUCACAUGCCGGAUUUAUAUUCAUUGGAAUUGCAAGGGCAGCCAAUGUGUUCUCAUGUGCUUAUCUAGUCAACUUGGUUAGACCUGCCUAUCGACAAAUACCGCCAAAACACCAGAAAGCACUUUGGUAUAGUGGACUUCGAGGGGCAAUGGCAUUUGCCCUUGCUCUGCAAUCAAUUCAUGAUCUGCCAGAAGGACAUGGGCGGACCAUCCUAACUGCAACUACUGCAAUAGUUGUUUUGACGGUAUUACUGAUUGGUGGUUCAACAGGGGCGAUGCUGGAAGCUUUACAGGUUGUAGGUAGUGACAGUCCUAUCGAGAGUCCUUUGGCUUCAGUUACCAGAACGAAUUUCCAGGGAAACAAUGGUUACCUUUCUCCUGAUGAUGAAGAAUCUUCAGCAGGGAACAAAAUUAAAAUGAAGCUACAAGAAUUCCAAAGGAGUGCCGCAUCUUUUACUGCAUUGGAUAGAAACUACCUCACCCCAUUCUUCACUAGUCAAAAUGAAGAUGAUGAAGAUGAAGCUAUGCCCCUGACUUUGAAGAAUAUGGGAUUGGAUGACCAUGACCACCAUUCGUCAUGA